AUGGCAGGUAGCGCUGAAGCACGGCGAGUAAUGCUGCGCGGCGUCGAGCGGAUGCUCACCAUGGUCGAUGGCGUCUCCAUGAAGAUCGUGCACUCGAUGCUCGUUGCCGGAGAUGCCGAAACCCUGUUGCAAUUUCUGCCGGUCGCACUCUUGCGGACCUUCAACAUGCACCCGUGUAUGCGCGCGCUGCAAGUGAAGGACGAGGACCUUACGGCCGAGAUCCAAGCCCCCGUGACUAUCGACGACAUCGCCAGCAAGGAUCUGCUGCGAGUCCGAAGGUUCUCGCAGUCCGAGAGCCCUGAAGGAACGUUCGAGGACUGGCAGGCGUACGCUGAAGCGGAAUGCGACGUGGGGUUCGACCGGUACACGCAGUUCCCGUUCUUCCUGGUCGUGUGGAUCGACCACGAGGCGGAACAAGCUCGCCUGAUGCUCUUCUCCGACCACUACAUGUCGGACGGGCGAUCGGGUAUGGCGGUGCUGAACUGCAUCCUCGAACAAGUAUCUGCUCUAUCUGACAGCAAUGCAGCAGAUAACCAAGCGGAGGAAUUGCCACUUCGCCCUUCAUUUUACGAGAUGUGGUUGUCCAAGAACGUACUGUACACAGCACUGCUGAAGGGCCUCAUGGCAUUUCUCGGAGCGACGAUCUACCGUGGCGAGCUCAGGAAGUUUAAGCCUGUGCUACCAGCGCGAGACGACCAGCACGACUUUGUCGCCCCUCCAGUCGCAAACCCGAGUUCAGCGUCUUUUGCUCAAGGAGAGCCUGCUAGAAUACGGGAGGCGCUAGCAGCGUGCCGAGAGCAUGGUGCCACCUUUGGUGGGGCGCUGGUGGCUGCGGUCACCCUCGCGUUCUACCGUGCCGCCGAGGAGCAGCCGGACUUCAAACCCGGCCAGCCAUUCAAGGUCCAGGCAGAUUUGGACUUCAACAUGCGUCAACGCCUGCCCUGCCCAAUUGAAGAGAACCAAGUCGGAGUGUACAUUGCUUCCACUGACCUCGCGCCCUGCUCUGAAGGUGUCGACGUGAAGACCACCCAGUUCUGGGACCUCGCGCGUCGGGCCAAGAAGGAGAUCGACGGAAAUCUCCGUAGCACUUUCUCGAUGGACGCGGUGGCUGUCGUCUUGGACCAAAAGAUCAAUGCCAAGAUCAAGCCCUCGCUCGCAAACUACAUCAACAUCCGCCACUCGCAGACGUCGGAUGCCAACAUCUCCAAUGUCGGGCGUUACCCUUACUCAAAGGAAUUGUCGCUAGCCUCAGAGUAUGGUAACCAGAGCAAGCUGGCGGUGAAGAAUCUGCACGUGUACAACCCGAUUCCUCACUUGGGCCCUUCAGCAGUUUUCUUUGUCACGUCGGUGGACUCCUUCUGCCACUCCAUGGGCCACAAGUGCGACGAUGCAGCAGCCAAAACGCUCUUCACUGCGUGGGUCGCUAGCUGCGAAAAAAUCGCGAACAUCAAACGUGAGGAUACAUUGGUCGAUGUACUAGACCGCCUGGGCCUCUAG